GUGAUCCAUCGCGACAAGACAGUAUAUUGGCAGCCAUCUGUCUGUUGAAGCUUUCAACCCCAUGAUCUCCUUUAAGCCAAGCAAGCUCUGCUCGCCGAAGCAAGCGGCACAAGUCAGCCACGCCGUGGCACCCGUUGUGUACCAAGUCCACGCUGCUCGACUCGGGCCUCUUGCAUCCAUACGUCUAGCGGCGAUUAGCCAUCAGGGCUGCGCCUCUCAGCAACCCACUCCGUUGCCUGGCAGACGCAACUUCUCGACAACGAGGGUCGGCCAGCUUCAGGAUGUCUUCCCAGCCAAGGAGACGCCUUUCAUCCGCCGGACGCCCCCGGCAUGGGAACAUCCUGGCUACACCGAGGAGGAACUUCUAGCAGUCACUCCCGGGCAUAGGCAGCCUAAAACGGUGGGCGACUGGGUUGCAUGGAAGCUGGUCCGCUUGGCCCGGUGGGCAACGGAUUUCGCAACCGGUAUCGGGCGAGAGCAGCAGGUUGACAUGAAGAAUCCGACUACCUCAGUAACGUCCCAGAAACCGUUAACCGAGGCCCAAUGGCUUGUGAGGAUUAUCUUCCUCGAAUCAAUUGCGGGCGUUCCUGGGAUGGUUGGUGGUAUGUUGCGCCACCUCCACUCCCUCCGCCGCCUCAAGAGAGACAACGGCUGGAUCGAGACCCUCCUCGAGGAGUCAUACAAUGAGAGGAUGCACUUGCUUGUGGCCUUGACUCUUGGCAAACCCGGAUGGCUGAUGAAGACGAUGAUCCUUGGGGCGCAAGGCGUCUUCUUCAACGCCAUGUUCCUCAGCUACUUGAUCUCACCCAAGAUCUCGCACAGAUUUGUGGGCUACCUAGAGGAAGAAGCCGUACACACAUACACGCGCCUGAUCCGCGAGAUUGAGAACGGCGACCUUCCGAAAUGGUCUGACCCCAGCUUUACGGUUCCGGACAUCGCCGUGACCUACUGGCGAAUGCCCGAGGGAAAGCGGACGAUGAGGGACCUGUUUCUCUACAUCAGAGCUGACGAGGCGGUCCACCGUGGGGUCAACCAUACCCUGAGCAACUUGAAGCAAAAGGAGGACCCGAACCCGUUCGUUUCCGUCUAUGGGGCCAAUGAGGAACAACACAAGCCCAAGGCGGCCCUGAAGCCGGCGGGAUAUGAGCGGGCAGAGGUUAUCGGCUAGAAUGUCGCUUUGGUCGAUCUUCGGGUUCCAACAAAUCUGUCCUCACGCCGGAUUUUUUUCUUGCGCAGCUACCUUGUUUGGCAUUCAGGUUUGGGCGAGAUCGGAUCGAUCCUUAGCGGCGUUCAGGACGGUAAAUACAUGCAAAAUACUCUCUCCUCUCUAGGUAACAGCUUAUCUCGCACGUUUCGGAGUGUACAUACACGCAGCAUGCAGCCCGUACAGUACAUACAUACGUUACUCAUGCAUGCUUUCUCUGAGCACAGAAUGGGCGGGUGUCUGGGUUCUGCAGGGCCAGUCGCUGUAGCUGAUGGCGGCAAAACCGUUCGCCAACUCGAGUCAAGACAGAUAGGGCGCAGCAACCCCGUUCCAGGCAGAUAGAUGUAAGCUCUCGAACAUGCCCCUUCGUCCUCUCUCGCACCUGUUCUGGCGCAAAGGUCAGCGGGCUGGGAUCCCACUGACUCGGCCGGAAGACCUUCGAGGAUCUGCCCAGUGCCCGCCCAUUUGGCCAGCCCCAACCUAGUGCGUGACUUCAAGUGCACCAAGUCGAGCCAUUAUUGGGUUACAGCUUAUCCCAUGGCCGCUUCGCCGCUUACCUGAGGCAGGCGCUCAUUGGGCGCGAUGCGGUUGAACGUCGACGGGGCAAUUGUUGUGCAAACGAAGAACUGGGCAAUCGACUAGAAGGAUUCAAUCGGGCAUCGAUAAGUCAAACCUAAGUGGGCUGUACUGUACAUAGGUACAUACAUACAUACAUACCUUACUCCGU